AUGGUAGACUUGCUCUUGGAAGUGGCCCAGUUUUGCGGAUGCGUUAUCAUUGGCGAGGUUCCCAGCUACCUGAACGUAGGCAAUGCGUGGGACCUCACGCGCAGCAUCAUCCCAAUCCUGCUGCUCUUCUUCCAUGACAGCCGGCUGCUACACCUACUUAUCGUGCUGAUCUACUGGAUGCGGCUGUUGGAGGGCGUUACCUACUCUGAGAAGAUCGGCCACGCCUUGCUGCCGCUGCAGAAGCUCGCGACAGGUCUUCUUCCAGCCAUGACCUUCACACUGGUUGGCUUCUGUGCCCUUACGCACGCAAUGUACGCGGUGCAGGUGCACGCACAACACCUGUGGCCAAACACGCUCUUCAAGACCUUCACCACGCUGAUCACCCAGGGCCUGCCGGAGGAACCGCCGGAAGACGUCCUUGAAUUGAUGGUGCUCUACGGAGGGGUGUUAUUCUUUUCCGUCUUCGUGCUGAACAUUUUCAUCGGCGUCAUCGGAGAGCAGUAUACAAAAGAGAAAGAUCAGGCCGCUGCUGCACAAAUGGGGGGAUGCCUAGUUGCGGGCUGA